GUGACGUCAGCUCCGUGCGCCGCGGCCGUUGCUUUACCGUUGCUGGGAGAAGGCGGAAGGCGGAGCCUGUGGGGGACCGGGAUCAUGCCUGACGCCGGGGAGUCCCGCGGGCUGCAGAGACCUCCGGGGUCGGGAUGAAAGAAGCAGAGCAAAUGCAAAAUCUGGAGAGCGCGGGGGCCGGGCGGUCAGUGAGCACGCAGACUGGCAGUAUGACCGGUCAAAUACCAAGGCUUUCUAAAGUCAACCUUUUCACUCUGCUCAGUCUCUGGAUGGAACUCUUCCCAACAGUGGAAAAAAAGCAAAAAUUACAGAGAAAGGAAGAAGACGAACUUGGACCUUUGGGAGAUAAUGCAGAUGUGGCCAAAGUACCUAUCGACAAAAAACAGGUGAAGAAAACUGGUCUUGUGGUGGUGAAAAACAUGAAAAUUGUUGGUCUCCAUUGUUCUAGUGAAGAUUUACAUGCUGGGCAAAUUGCUCUUAUUAGACAUGGGUCAAAGAUGAAAAACUGUGAUCUUUAUUUUUCCAGAAAACCAUGUUCAGCUUGUUUGAAAAUGAUUGUAAAUGCUGGAGUGAACCGAAUUUCCUACUGGCCUGCUGAUCCAGAAAUAAGUUUGCUCACUGAAGCUUCCAAUCCAUUGAAUACUGGAGAUGCAAAACUAGAUGCCAAAGCAGCGGAAAGAUUGAAGUCAAACAGUCGGGCCCAUGUGUGUGUCUUGCUUCAACCUUUGGUGUGUUAUAUGGUGCAGUUUGUUGAGGAAACCUCCUACAAAUGUGAUUUUAUUCAAAGAAUUGCAAAAACACAGCCUGGCUUUAACUCUGACUUUUAUUUUGAAUGUAAACAAGAAAGAAUAAAGGAAUAUGAAAUGUUAUUUCUGGUUUCAAAUGAAGAAAUGCAUAAGCAAAUAUUGAUGACUAUAGGCUUGGAGAACCUGUGUGAAAAUCCAUACUUUAGCAAUCUAAGGCAAAACAUGAAAGACCUUAUUCUACUUUUGGCCACAGUAGCUUCCAGUGUGCCCAACUUUAAACACUUCGGAUUUUAUUGUAGCAAUCCAGAACAGAUUAAUGACAUUCACAAUCAAAGCUUACCACAAGAAAUUGCAAGGCACUGCAUGGUACAGGCCAGGUUAUUGGCCUACCGGACCGAGGAUCACAAAACAGGAGUUGGAGCCGUGAUUUGGGCAGAAGGGAAAUCUAAAACCUGUGAUGGAACAGGGGCUAUGUAUUUCAUAGGAUGUGGUUAUAAUGCCUUUCCUGUUGGGUCCGAAUAUGCUGACUUCCCACACAUGGAUGACAAACAGAAAGACCGAGAGAUAAGAAAGUUCAGAUAUAUUAUCCAUGCUGAACAGAAUGCCUUGACAUUUAGGUGUCAAGAAAUAAAGCCAGAAGAAAGAAGUAUGAUUUUUGUGACGAAGUGCCCAUGUGAUGAGUGUGUGCCUUUAAUUAAAGGUGCAGGCAUCAAACAAAUCUAUGCAGGAGAUGUAGAUGUUGGAAAAAAGAAGGCAGACAUCUCUUACAUGAGGUUUGAGGAACUUGAGGGUGUUAGCAAAUUUACCUGGCAACUGAAUCCAACAGAAGCUCAUAUUCUGGGGCUAAAUGAGUCUGAAACCAUAGAGAAUGGUGUCUUGAGACCGAAGGUAAUGGAUGAAGAACAUCACCCAAACAAGAAAUUGUGUCUGGGAAACCGCUGAAAGAACAGAAAGUCCUGCCUGAAUCCAAGAGGAGGCCGAGAGGAUUUUCAUUGCACUUUUAAAAUUCAUCCUUGUUGCCUCUGCAAAUAAGGAUGGACUUUAGGGAAUAAUUGACAAGUAUUUUUAAGGAAAUUAAUUUAUUAUUGGGCUGUGAAUAAUGUUCAUGAGAAUAUUUUCAUUUUAGAUUUCCUUGUGUGUUUUCUAGAGCACAGUAGUUGGUUUGGGUUUUUUUAAAUUACACUAAAUGAGGUAUCAACAAUGAAUAAGACUGUUGGAUGGCUGAUUUCUGUUGGUGUGGAGCUUAGAUCUGGGUCACCGCCUAGAGGUGAGUAAGCUGCCCAUUUGAAGGGUAGCUAUUCAUUCAGACCAUCAAAUUGUUGUGUAGUUAACUGCCAUAAAGAAACAACUGACAACCACAGUCUCCAAAGACCAGGUUCGUGCCCAAGGUUUAGUAAAUCAAUAGUAUCUGCUCCAUUUUAAUUGAUUCUUAGAAAGUAAGGUAGUUUCUGAUAGACCAUGAUAUCCAUUUUGAAAAUUAGUUUCUAAAAUGGUCAUUAAUUAUCCCCAAAUCCUUUGAUAAAAUAGAAGUCAGAUGGACUCAAAUGAAUUAUCACUGAAUUAUGGUGGCAGCAGGAAGAAAAUAUUCCAUGACAGCAUUCUUGUUCAUUGACGUUAUCUCUUAAAAGGAUACUCAAUAGAAAAUAUUCCU